AACUAACCUCACUGUCAUAGUCAAUGCUCUACUGCGCAUUAAAGAAUGUGGCUCCGUGCCUAUUUGUCAACUUCUGACCGAGGAUGAAGGAAUAAACAGCGUAUUACAAGCAUCACAGUUAAGACGAGUAUCGGAUAUGGUUCAGAAUGAGACUGGAGACAGAGGAACUAAUAAUACUGAUAACCAUUAUGCAAAGACCACAAGCUGUAUCACCUGUGUCAAAGGGCCUUGGUACAAUAUGUCCCUCUCUGAACCAAUUGAUACACAGUAUAGUAAAACUGUGUUAAAGCUUAAGCAAAACCUGUUUGGGGCAUUGAAGAAGUGUGCAGCAAAGUCUGAAACCACAGGUCUGCCUGAAUUUAUGAGCCGUUUGUGUGCUGUUUGGGAUGCAGUGAAAGCAGAAUCAUUCUCCAUUAGUCUGCAAAAUACUGACAUAGCUUUAGCCUUCUCUUUACUGUGCACAGAGCUAUACCAGUGGGAGGGGAGUUUUCUGGAACACAUGGAAAGCUGGCUUAAAGGGGCAACAAAGAAAAUCUUUGACACAAAGGCAAAGGCUUUAGACCCUGCAAUCCAAAAUGGCCUUCUGAGCGAGCUGAAGGAUGAAGCCAGAGAGGAAGUCAAAACAGAGGUGGACAAACUUAGAUCAAAAGUAGAGUCAUAUUUGAUGAAAGACAAUGUUCUUAAAAUGAACACAUUCAAGCCAAUCCUUAUGAGCAAUAUGGAUAACCUUCAGGAGCAAGUAACCAAAGAGAUGGUACAAAGAUUGGGGACAGUCAACGAGAGCCAUUGUUUUUCAACACAGUUGGAAAGAUUUGACACCGUACUGGAAAAAGAACAGGAAUCCAAGCUACAUGCACUGGUAGAGAACAGCAAGUCAACCAAAGUUCUCCUUCAAGAUACAGAACUAGAAGAGGCAUUUGAGGGUGAGUGGAGUAAGAUAUUGUCCAACUUUGACUUCAGGUCGUCAGAAACAGAUGAUAUUACAGCAAGAGUGACCGAUAUUUUGAAAAACAAUCUAAUCAACUGUGGUCUCCAGAAACACAUGAAAAAACUUGAAUACAUCAGCCAAAACCAGAAAUCUAGCUUCCAAGUUAAUGAUGAGCACUUUGGAUACCGCAGCAGAUUAAAGCACAUGUUUGAAGACAACAACAGACUGCAGAGGUUAGAAGCUCAACAGGUAGCAUGCAAUAUCAUAGAAGGAUACAAUCAGUUUGUAGCAGAUACAUCUAGCUUACCAGCAGAUUUCUCUGACAGCUACAUUACAAAACUGUUAGAAAAUGUUGAAAAAGCUUUGAAAGAAAAACCUAUGGAAAUCAGAUCAGCUUUUGAAGUGGAUCUGAAAGUUUAUCUCUGUAGCGCUGCAUGCCAAGACUUCCAAAAGCUACAUGACCGCUAUGCCAAGGACAGCGAGCUUUUGAAAAAUAUUACUGCCACCAAGAGUACGUACAUGGCAAAGUUUAUCUACCAGUUCAGGAAGAGAGACCAGUGCCAGAGGGUUGCUCAAGCUUUUACCUCUAUGGUUAUCAGACCUACAGUGUUGGACUACAUUUACAGACCACUGGGGAUGCAGAUUGUUAAAAGCAUCCAAGAUAAAGCCCAGCAGUAUCAGUCCCCACAUGCCUUUCAUCAAAGUUUGCUGGAAGAGCUUGUAAAGGAGGACCACUUUGAAAGCUUCCUGGAAUAUUUGCUUAACUACGACAACUUCAGAGUGAAGAAGAUCCAGGAGACAGUGGUGGAUCACCUCUCUGAAUCAACCAACUUGGAUAAAUGGAGGCAACAGAGACUUGGAGAAAUAGUAGGGAAGAUUGCGGCAGCAGUGAGCCAAACGGCAGAAGGUACUAAUGGAGUGCUGAGUGAUACAAAGCCGCUGCUGGAGAGAGUUUGCCUCAUUUUAGAGAGAGAUGGAGAUGUGGAUGUCCGGGCCAGGGCUUCUCUGGAUAGACCUUUCUUCAGCAUCACCACAGAAUGGGAUCGCUUUGUCACAUGUCUAAUGGAGUUACUGGCUGCAAUGCGCUUGGAACUAGCCCAAGAGUUCUCCCAAAAUGUGGAGAUCACCCAACUUCUUCAGUGCCUUCCCAUUCAGCCCCAAGACGCUCUCUUUAAUAGAGUGAAAGGCUGUGACCAGCAAUGUCCUAUCUGCAGAGCCCCUUGUGAGCUGCAGGAGAUAGGGCAUAAGGUUCACAAGGCUCUGUUCCACAGACCCAAAGACAUGUUGCCCCAUGACUCCGGUUCUCUGUGCUGUAUCAGAAACCCUGAAACCAUGACCGAGGGAAACCCAGACAUGAGCAAAGACACACAAGACAUGUCUGUAGCAUGCAGGGGCCUUCAUUACCUCUACCCAGACUGGAGCAUCUCUUCAGAGGACCCAGACAGCCAGAUGCCCAGUGCUUAUUGGAGGUAUGUGUUGGCGAGGUUCAAUGAGAGGUUUGCAAAGGAAUACGAGCAGGAGCCAUCAAAGAUUCCUGAGGAGUGGAAGGAGAUUACUGAGGAAGAGGCACUGUACAGUCUGAAGGAGGCCCUCCUCACUGGACAAUGCUGAUAUUUGGAAUGAUCUGUCCUGUACGUCAUUAUUAUAUUAUUAUGUGACAUUUUAUUGAUAAAGUUCAGUUUUUUUAUCUGGUUUAGAAGUCUUUUAGAUCCAUCAAGGAUGUUGAUGUUGAUGAUAAUGUGAAUAGUGGACAGAAAAGUAAUCAAAUAGACCAUUCAUUCAAAAGACAGAUUUCUUUUGUUAUUUACCUUUACUUUUUUAACAUUUCCAUAAUAAGAUAGCGUUUUGUAAAAUAUGCCUUUAAAAUAUAUUGUAAAUGUUGACUCGUUAUUAUCUCACUUUCCUCCACUGCCUCCUGAUCUGAAAAGACAUCCUUAUUAUUGUGAACAAUAUGAUAUGGCACACUCUUAAUGUAAAAAAUGUUAGAAUCAAAUAUGUUGUCUCAUCUUUUCGACACUACAUAUCCAGCAGUGAUUUACAGUAUGCUAAUUCCACAUGUUCCGUGUUUUGAGGGUUAGCCUUUUGUUUUGUAUACACAGACGACACAUGUUCAUAUAAUUGUGAUGUGAAUACAUUAUCACAAAUGAUAAAAAGUGUCUCACCUGCUAACAUUUGCUCCACAUUUCAUACCAAAGCAGGUUAUGUCUUUCUUGCUAACAAAGCUGAGGUCAUUAUGGCAUUAUAGGAUAAAGCAUGGACUCCAACAAUCACAUCAGAACACUAGCCAUGAUAAACGUUACACAUUAUAACUCUCCAUCUAUGAGCACAGACAGGAUCCUCUAAUGUCCUACAUCAAACUGAUUACUUGGCCAAUCGGGACAAACUUAGCCUUUCCUAUGGAACCAGCGCUACACUUUAUUGACCCUACUCAGCAUCAAUGAAAUGAAGGAGAAGAAUGAGUAAAGUAGAGGGAAAAGUCAAAUGCUGAAAUCCACAAGAGUGCAAUGUUGGAUGAAGGAAUCCUAUGACAGCUCAACACUGAGAUUUAAGAACAGGGUUAAUUGGUUUCAUACCAAACCUGACCUGCUGUACUAUAUCUAUUCAUUCAUCUGUUCAUCUAUUCUUCUUGUACAGGAAUUAAUUAAUGUAUUAGUUGUUUAACUGUUUAAUGUACAACAGCUAAAUGUAUAUAUGCUCAUGUAUAUUAUUCCUAAUAAA